GUUCUUCAUACCACUAAUAUUACAGGUUUUUGUCCUAGAGGGUACUCCGUGUACAUGCCGUUAGAUAUCACUAGAUGUAUGCGGUAUGAGGAGACACCGGCCCAGUAUGACGACGCAGCCAAAGCAUGUCAACUGGAGGGCGCGGAUAUAAUCAAGUUAGAUUCUGCACAAAAGUUCAAGAUCUUCAAAGAAUUUCUGGUGUUGACAGCUAACAUCAGCAGAGCUGAGGUUUGGAUACAGGGGAGGAAGGUGAACGGAGAAUGGAGGUUCCAUGACGGAGCGCCCUUCAUCCACUUCUGUCCACUGGUGGCAUCGAAUGGCUCGAUAGAGACUCGCCUCAGAUCCAUGACAAAGGAUGACUUCAAAUGCUACGACAAUGUUCCCGAAGCCCAAUAUAAUUAUGUCUGUGAACUGUAG